UUGUCUGAAUCAUAAGUCACUUUACCAAACCCCACCACAACUUUACUCUUCACAUCUCUUACCACCACAAAUCAUGAAGACAUCUCUGGUCCUCCUUACCCUCAGCCUACUGGCUUGUUCAGUUUGGGACGUCUGUGGACAAUGGCAAGAGGUUAACCUUGAUGACCAGGAAGUAGUAGAAGCACAGCCAGAAAAGCACAUGGUGCAACAGUUAAAGGGAACAUGCUGGGCGUGUAUGUGGGCACUGAACAAAGUGAAGAAACACAUCUCCUCUUCCUCUAGCGAGGUGCAGAUAAAGCAGAAGCUAUUGUCUGUUUGCGAUAAAUUGGGCCUCCUUAAAUCUCUGUGUAAAGGCAUGGUGAAAAAGCACUUGUGGGUGUUGGUUGAGGAGCUUAGCACCAGCGAUGACGUGAGGACCAUCUGCGUUAACAUUAAGGCCUGCAGACCAAAAUACAUUUGGGAUCUGAGCUACUGACCAAGCAGCCAGUAUCCAGAUUCCAAAGUGAGAAGAUGGAUGUUCAGGUGUCAAGACAAUGCUAUGCUCUGCUGCCAGCCUCUUGCCUUUUUUCAAAUUUGUCAUGACACAAGAAUGAUAUGUUAUUGGAAUGAUUAUAUGUUCUGAAAUAAUGUUUUUGGAACAUUAUUAUAAUAGUGUAUAGUCAUUCUUAAAUUGCAGAACAUUUUUUAUCAUGUAAUUUUGGUUCACUUUUUGCUAUUUUAGUAUAAAAUAUUAUUCUCCGA